GGCGCCGCGGCACCCCCCUCGCCCGGGAUGCGGUCGGCUGCGGGGUGCCGGCUGCUGGCAGGAGCCGGGGCCAGGCGGGCGGAGCGGUGGGCUCCUGCCGCCGCCGCGGCUGGGAUUAGGCGGCCACUCUGCUGCGAUGCGGAGCGGCGGGGCGGGCGCGGCGGGGCCCAGCGGGAGGGCGCGGGGAGACGCAGGGCACUAGGCGGGCGGCGGGCGCGGCGCUGCCGGAGCUCUCCAGGGUGCUUGGGACGCUCCCGCCCGCGAGGAGCCGCUCAGCUCCGCGCCGAACCGAGCCGAGCCGAGCUGCGGAGCACUUCCGAUGCCUCGGACACCACCGCUCCAGGGCUCUGCUGAGCCUCCGAGCAGCAUGGCCCGGAUUAGGUACCUCCGAGCGGCUGUGUCGGGAUUUUACCUGUGGGAAGCAGCGGUACUGCUCAGCUUGGUAGCCACAAAGGAAACAGACAGUGCAAGAUCGCGCAGCAUGCCGAUGUCACCAUCUGAUUUCCUGGACAAGCUAAUGGGAAGGAUGUCAGGCUACGAUGCAAGAAUAAGACCAAAUUUCAAAGGCCCUCCAGUUAAUGUCACAUGCAACAUAUUUAUAAACAGCUUUGGAUCCAUUGCAGAGACAACCAUGGAUUACCGAGUGAACAUCUUUCUCCGACAGAAUUGGAAUGAUCCACGCCUCGCAUACAGUGAAUAUCCAGAUGACUCUUUAGACUUAGAUCCAUCCAUGUUGGAUUCAAUUUGGAAACCUGAUUUGUUCUUUGCUAAUGAAAAAGGUGCCAACUUUCAUGAAGUUACAACAGAUAAUAAGUUGUUGCGAAUUUUCAAAAAUGGGAAUGUACUUUAUUCCAUCAGAUUGACUUUAAUACUGUCCUGUCCGAUGGAUCUAAAAAAUUUUCCAAUGGAUGUGCAAACGUGUAUAAUGCAGCUGGAAAGCUUUGGAUACACAAUGAAUGAUCUAAUUUUCGAAUGGCAAGAAAAGGGAGCAGUUCAAGUAGCAGAAGGUCUCACUCUGCCACAGUUUCUGUUGAAAGAAGAAAAGGAUUUAUGUUACUGCACCAAGCAUUACAAUACAGGAAAGUUUACGUGUAUUGAAGUCCGAUUUCACCUUGAGAGGCAGAUGGGUUACUAUCUCAUCCAGAUGUACAUACCAAGUCUCUUGAUCGUCAUUCUCUCCUGGGUGUCAUUUUGGAUCAACAUGGAUGCAGCUCCAGCCAGAGUGGCUUUAGGCAUAACAACUGUACUGACCAUGACAACACAAAGCUCAGGUUCACGAGCAUCUCUUCCAAAGGUAUCAUAUGUCAAAGCUAUUGACAUCUGGAUGGCUGUGUGUCUGCUCUUUGUAUUUUCUGCACUUUUGGAGUAUGCAGCUGUAAACUUUGUGUCAAGGCAACAUAAAGAACUUCUGCGAUUCCGCCGCAAAAGGAAGAAGAACAAGUAUUUUGAGGGAGUUCUUGAUGGAAAUGAAAUCAGUGAAUCAUUGCAUCUUAGCAAUGGCUUGAGAUGUACACGACCUAUAGACGGAACUUUGCCUCAAAUCUACAGUACAAAUUUAAGGGAUGAUGAUGUAAGGGAAAGUCAGUUUAGUUUUACAGCAUAUGGAAUGGGCCCAUGUCUGCAAGCAAAAGAUGGAGUGACACAAAAGGGACCAAAUAAUCCUGUUCAAGCUGCACCAAAAAGCCCUGAUGACAUGAGAAAGGUAUUCAUUGACCGGGCCAAGAAGAUAGACACGAUAUCCAGAGCUUGCUUCCCAUUAGCCUUCCUGAUUUUCAAUAUUUUUUAUUGGGUAAUUUACAAAAUCAUCAGGCAUGAGGACAUUCACCAAUAACAAGAUUAAGGCUUGCAAUACAUACAGCUCUGCCUGCUAUGUUCAACAGGAUGUUUUCUGUUAGAAAUGCACAACAGAAGAGUUGAAAAGAAGAAUAGCACCCAGAGAAGAUACACCUGCUAUUGCAAACUUUCUGUGUCAAACUAAGUAUCAACUCUUUUUUGUUGUUAAUCACUCUCUACUGAAGCUUUACUGCCAAGUGUUUAUACAUACCGUUACAUAGUGGUAUAAUGGUACAGUACUAUUUGAUGUUCUUAGAUUUUUUUUAAUUCUGGUAUAUUUUUAAUUUUAAAAAUGGAUUCAGAAUACCCUAGGUAAAUCCCACUGUAUUACAGAAUAGAUUAGCAUUUGAAACCUUUAAUUUACUUUAGAAGAUAAUGAAAAAUUACUGAUUUGAGAGUACAGUUUUAGGGACAUUUUCUUGUCUUAAGGAUAGUACCUGUGGUUUUGCAAUGAGUAUAUUUGACAGAUUUAAGUUAUGUAGUUUAUUCAAUGAACUUCAUAUUACUGUUGCCCUGGAAGGUGCAUGUUAAAAUCAUCUCAAACAGGACAAGAUAUCUACAGCCUAAUAACCAGCAUACUACAUGAUAAAUAUAUCUAAAUUUAUGAAGUAUUUAUUUC